AUGGACUACCUUUUUGGAAGGAGUGAUGGGGCGUCGAACAGGAGUGAUGGGGCGUCGACUCCGUCUAACAAGGAGGGGGAGUCCUACGGCUGGACGAGCUUGUUCCUCGUCGGCUGCGGCGGCGGAUCUGGGAUCCACGAGGACGAGCCGCGCGACGGCGACGAGGAGCUCGACCUCGCGAGCCACUUCGGUCUCUGCGGGAGCGGCCUGGGCAGCAGCGAGUCCGGCCGGGAAAAGGCCGGGGACGGGUCGCGGAGCGGCGAGGUGCGGUCCAAACGCACGCAAUCAUACGACGGCGCGCCGCGCAUCGUGAUACUCGGCGGCUGCGACAAGGACCAGGUCGGCCCCGUCGGCCGCGAACUCCUCAUCCCGCGCGGCGCGCUCGGGUCCGUCAUCCUCAACAACGUGCGGCCCACGGUCCUCGACAACGCGCAGGAGCUCGCGAGCCUCUACUCGAUCCUGAACCAGACCGCCGCGGCCAUCAUCUCGGUGGACGUCACGGAGCUCUACUGGACGGUCAUCGUGCGCCGCUGGGCGGACCGCCUGCGCACGACGCCGGACAUCCCCGUCGCGCUGCUGGUCGAAAACGCCGACGUGCACGAGGCCGCCAUCUCGCACCACGUGAGCGGCCUGCGCGAGGCCUUCCAGAACCCGCUCGUCGGCGUCUUCUUCAAGUCGCCGCGCGACGAGACGAGCGCCUGCGUCGACACGCUCCUCACGCUCAACAGACGGGCCGAGCGAACGAACUUUCUGUACGCAUUCGUCGCAUGCAUGGCCUUCGCCGCGGUCGCGACGAGCGCCCGCGACCCUGAAGACCCGCGCGACGCGGCCGCGCCCGGUCGGCGCCUGCUCGUGAUCAACGCCCUCGAGGACGGCGCCAGCGUCGACAUCUUCUACGCCGGCGCGCGCGGGCGCGGCGUCUGGACCGCGGACGGCGACGCGCCGGCGCUGCGGGCGGGCGCCAUGGUCUGCGUCGCCGCCGACGUGCUGAGCGGCUUCGAGUUCGACGUCGACGUCGGCGCGGUCGGCGACGAGUUCGUCUUCGUGCGGCGCGGCGGCGGCUCCGGCGCGGAGCGCGGCGCCGUCGCGGCCGCGCCGGCGCGCGCGGCGCGCUGGGCCCACGCGCGCGACGACGCGGCGACGGUGUUCCUGCUGCCGGAGCGGCCCGAGGGCGCCGCGGCGGACGCGGAGCUCACGGUCGCCGUCGGCUCGUGGGACGCGGACGCGGACGACUUCGCCGCGCACGCGUGGCGCGACGGCGUCGGGUCCCUCUUCGAGGACGCCGACGCGGCGCUGGCCGACGGCGACGAGGCCGCGGCGGCGGCGAGCUUUUCGCGCGCGCGUAUAGCGCUGUCGUGCGCGGCGCUGUUGGGCGACACGGCGGCCGGCACGCUCCUGAGCCUCGGCACGCUCGCGGGCGUCGUGCCGGCGUCGCCGGCCUACGGGCGCUGCGCCAACGCGUCCCUGGAGCGCGCCGCGCCCCUCGACGCGGCCGACCCCGUCUUUUUGGCGCACGCGGCCGCCGUGCGGCGCCACGCGCUCCGGGGCUGCUGGCUCGGGCGCCUCGCGCUCGGCGCCUGGCGCAGCGAGGGCAGCCACGGCUUCGACCAGUCCUGCGACGUCGCCGUGCGCACCUGGAUGCGGCUCCUCGAGGGCGUCGCGGCGCCGGGCGCGGGCUCGCCGCGCGCGGCCCGCGUCAAGGUCCGCCACGCGGCGUCGACGCCGAACGAGCUCCUCGUGGACCACUGGCUCAAGGCCGACGGCUUCUGGACCCUGCGCGAGGACGCGCGCGCGGGGCUCGCCGACGACGACGCCGACGCCUUCGACGACGACGGCGCGGCGGGCGGCGCGGCGGCGGCGGGCGCGGCGGCGGGCGGCGCGGCGGCCGGCGGCGCGGCGGCCGGCGCGGCCGCCGGCGCGGCCGACGCCGGCGCCGCCGGCGGCGCCGCCGCGGCCGGCGCGGCCGCCGGCGCCGGCGCCGGGCCGGGCUGGGACCCCGUCGCGUGGCUCCGGCGGCUCGCGCUCGGCCCGCCGGACGACUUCGCUCCCGAGGUCGUCUUCGACGGCGCGCCCGCCGAGGACGCGCCGGCGGUGCUGGACCUCGCCGCGGCGACGUACCUGCGGCGGCGCGCCCUCGGCGGCGACGGCCACAGCGCGCUGACGUUGGGCGACGCGCUCCUCGACGGCCGCGUCGACGACGACGCGCUCCGCGAGCUCCGGCGCGGCGGCGCGUCGCCGCAGCGCGCGGCGGCCGAGUACUACGCGCUCGCCGCGGACGACCGAAACGACGAGGAGAGCGCGGCGCACGCCGCGGCGGCCCUCGCGGAGCUGAAGCUGGGCGGCUUCGACGGCGUCGCCGCGGACGCGCGCGGCGCGCUGGACCUGCUGGAGCGGCGGGCCGCGCUCACGCCCUUCGGCGCGCACGUGCUGGGCCACCUCUACGCGGCCCUGGACGACGAGGCGCGGCACCUCCCCGACGCGAAGCGCGCGCGCGACGCCUUCGAGCGCGCCGUCGACGCGGGCCACCCGGACGCGUUCGUGUCGCUCGCGAUGGAGACGCGCGACGCGCGCCGCGCGGAGCGGCUCCUGACGGCGGCGACGCGCGACCACAACUCGCUGACGGCGCCCUUCGUCCUCGCGCGCCUGCACUACGACGGCGCCCUCGACGACCCGGGCCUCGAGCCGGACGCCGACGGCCGCUACCCGUACCCGUCGCGCAACCGGCGCAACCGGUGCCCGCGCGCGCUCGGCGCGCUCGAGGCCGCCGUGCAGCAGUCCUGGGACGCGUCGACCGUGGGCUUCGGCGUCGGCGACGCCGUCGCGGCGGCGCGCGCGGCCUGGGAGACGCCGCGGCCCCACGCGCCGCUCGCCGCGGCCUGGGACGUGGGCGGCGCCGCGGCGCCGCCCGCGGACCGCGGCGACGCCGCGGCGGCCUUCCUCGACGCCCUGAAGCGCCGCUGCGCCGCGCGCCUGAAACGGCGGCGGCGCGACCACGCCCUGGGCCUCGGCGCGCGCGCGCGCGCGGCGGGCGCGUACCGCAUGCUCGCGACGCUCGCCGAGGCCGGCGUCCGCGCGGCCGACGUCAACGCGGGCUUCGUGCUCGAGCGCCUCGCGCGGCGCUCGCCCGGCGGCGCGUCGGGCCUCCUCGCGGGCGCACGGCGCCACUACGAGCGCGCGCUCCGGCCGACGACGCCCCACUUCGAGCGCGACAAGGGGCUCGAGCGGCCGUCGCGCGCGCUCGAGGACGCGGAGGCGCAGCGCGCGCUCGGCGCCUGCUGGGCCGACGGCUGGGCCGGCGCCUGCGGCGGCGGCGGCGCGCCCAACGGCACGGCCCUCCUCCGGGCCGCAGCGGCGCGGGGCUCCGAGUGGGCGGCCUUCGACGCGGCGAUCGCGACCGCGCGCGCGGGCGACUGGCGCGGGGCGACGAAGAUCGCCCGGUCCUGCGCCGGCCGCUUCGACUGGCCCCACGCCGUGCCCUGCGCGGGGCUCAGCGCCCUCCUCGGCGCGCGCGCGGCGCUCUUCGACGCCGCGUGGUGGCGCGCGCUCGACGACGACGACGACGGCGGCGCGGCGGCGGCGGACGACGACGACGACGACGCGGACGACGACGACGACGACGAGGCCGGCGCGGUGGGCUGGGACGACGACGACGACGACGACGGCGCGGACGACGACGACGACGACGACGCCGGGGGCUACGACGACGCGUACGACGAGGCCGCGGAGGAGGAGGACGCGGGGGACUACGACGACGAGGAGCCGUACGACGACGACGAGGAGCCGUACGACGACGAGGACGACGCCGGGGGCGUCCACGAGGACGGCCGCGGCCCCGGCGACGGCGAGCCCCCCGGUAAUGGCUAG